AUACAGCAUCAGGAGGGAAGUAAACGAAUGGGGUCUCUUUGCGAAGAUCUUGACUGCUUCAACGCGGAAAUAAAAUCACAAUUGUCUGGAUAUACAAUAACAGUACACAAUGCAUAUACCCAUCCCGAUGUGAAUAAUGAAGGCAUAAACUUACUUCCAGGGACAUUAACAGAAAUAAAGCUAAAAACUAUCGAAAACAUUUGGAAAUCACCACCUCAUGGACACUGUAGUCCAAAUACACCACGAGAUAUGAUUAUACAAUCAAAUGAUAAUGAUACUUAUGUAUAUUCUGAAUAUGCCUGCAGGGGAGCAACCAUACAGGCUUAUUAA